AUGAAGAAGGGCAUGGCGCGGCGGCGAGCGGGCGCCUGCCGGGCCUCCUCCGCGGCCCGGCGCCCGAAGUCGGAGGCGGGGAUACGCAGAGCUGGGGCUGGAGGGGGCCGUUCUAACAGCCAGCGCGGGCUCGGAGUUCGGGGGUCGCCCCAGAGUUAGUCCUCCCGCCUCAGAAAUAGGACCUGCAAGUUUGGUCGUAGAAUUUUAGAAUUUUGGCUCCUGGAAGGACCUCGGCCAUAACCCAUCCCUUUACUGGACGCGAAAACCUAGGCUCCCCCGCCCUGUGCCGAGCAGACCCCCCCCUACCUGUGUGAGGACCGACGCUUUGUGGAUAAGAAUGUGAGAAAGAUCUCUUCGCAGUAUGAGGAAUGGAUGAAGGAAGGAAAGAAUGGAAGCAAGAGAGAUCAAGUAGAAGGUUGUUGCAGUCAUCCAGGAGCCAUGUGUGACCAGGACAGUGGGAUGGUCGUACUCAUGCUGGAGACUCUUGUGAGGAGAUGAGUUGGUGAACGGAGAAGCCAGCAUGAAGAUGCUUCCCGGAGUGGGCGUGUUUGGGACUGGCAGCUCUGCCCGGGUUCUGGUCCCGCUGCUGCGGGCAGAAGGGUUCACAGUGGAGGCCCUGUGGGGGAAGACCGAGGAGGAGGCGAAGCAGCUUGCCGAGGAGAUGAACAUCACCUUCUACACCAGCCGGACCGAUGACGUCUUGCUGCAUCAAGACGUGGAUCUGGUGUGCAUCAACAUCCCCCCUCCGCUUACCCGACAGAUAUCUGUGAAGGCUCUAGGCAUUGGGAAGAAUGUGGUUUGUGAGAAGGCAGCAACCUCGGUGGAUGCCUUCCGGAUGGUGACAGCCUCACGCUACUACCCGCAGCUGAUGAGCCUGGUGGGGAACGUGCUGCGCUUCCUGCCUGCCUUCGUGCGCAUGAAGCAGCUGAUUGCCGAGCACUACGUGGGUGCAGUGAUGAUCUGUGAUGCCCGCGUCUACUCGGGCAGCCUGCUCAGCCCCAACUACGGCUGGAUCUGUGAUGAGCUCAUGGGCGGUGGGGGCCUGCACACCAUGGGCACCUACAUUGUGGACCUGCUGACCCACCUGACUGGCCAGAAAGCCGAGAAGGUACAUGGGCUGCUCAAGACCUUUGUGAGGCAGAAUGCAGCCAUCCGUGGCAUCCGGCAUGUCACCAGCGAUGACUUCUGUUUCUUCCAGAUGCUCAUGGGCGGGGGUGUGUGCAGCACAGUAACACUCAACUUCAACAUGCCAGGCGCCUUUGUGCACGAGGUCAUGGUGGUGGGCUCUGCGGGACGCCUUGUUGCCCGGGGAGCUGACCUCUACGGGCAGAAGAACUCUGCCACACAAGAGGAGCUGCUGCUGAGGGACUCGCUGGCCGUGGGCACGGGGCUCCCCGAGCAGGGCCCCCAGGAUGUCCCGCUGCUUUACCUGAAGGGCAUGGUCUACAUGGUGCAGGCCCUGCGCCAGUCCUUCCAGGGGCAGGGGGACCGCCGCACGUGGGACCACACCCCCGUCUCCAUGGCCGCCUCAUUCGAGGAUGGGCUCUACAUGCAGAGCGUGGUGGACGCCAUCAAACGGUCGAGCCGAUCCGGGGAGUGGGAGGCUGUGGAGGUGCUGGCGGAGGAGCCCGACGCCAACCAGAACCUGUGCGAGGCGCUCCAGCGGAAUAACCUGUCAGCUUGGGCAGAGUUGAAUUCGGGUGAAUCCGAAGGUGGCCCCAGGAGAGCGCCCCCUCCAGUGCUCAUUUACUCCUCAGACUGGUGAGGCGGUGCCGUUCCGAUUGCCAUGGCUGAGAGGGCCAGCACACUGCACAGGGCGGAGCUGCCCCCAGUGUGUGAGCAGUUCCAGCAAAGGCUUGACUUGGGGGCUUCAUCAGCCUAUUUGUGGUCUUAACUGGAUGCGAAAGCACAGCAAGGAGCCAGCUUGGCUUGAUUCCUCAGGCCUGAGGAGAAAUGACAAGAGGCCUUGUUUCCAUGCCCGUCCUGGGCUGGGGCAUCUCAGGAAUGGUGAGGGCACGAAGUCAUCCCUCGGGGAUCUGCACCUGCCCUCGCUCCCAUGUGACCAAGCCCUUCCGGCCUCCAGGCUGCCCCUUCCCUGGCAGGGAGGAGGGGUUCUGUAGUAGAUGAGCUCUCAAGGGCUGUUGACCGAGGGCAGAGGGCCCCUGAGUUGGCAGAGAGGAGACAAGGGAGAGCUCUGGGACAUCUGAUAAAUGUUAAUAAAUCCGAAAGUCUGACACUGUGA